AGCAGCAGCUGGACAGCAGCUAGAUCCUCUGUGAGAACUUCAGCCUGGCUUCGACCUUGUGCGCUAGACAGGGUAGAGGAAUCACAGCCAAAUAUGAAGGCGGUUAUCCUAGUCAUAUUCCUUUGGGGGCUAGCCUGUGCUCUCCCAGUCGCCAGAUAUCAAAACACUGAAUCCGAAAGCUCCGAAGAGUGGAUGGGCAAUUUGGCUCAGUCCCCACCGCCACCCACGAACAGUGAGUCAUCAGAAGAAAGUAAAGUUAGCUCAGAGGAACAGGCCAAUGAUGAGCAGCAGUCCGACAGCUCGGAGUCAGCGGACCUGGGCCCCGACGGAGGCCAGUACAGAGCGGCGGGUGGUCCCUCCCUGAGCGCGGGGACGGACGCUGACAAGGAGGACGACGAAGACGACAGCGGCGACGACACCUUUGGUGACGGGGAAGACGGCCCGGGUCCUGAAGGAGGAGCGAGGGGAGGCCACUCGGGACUGGAUGGUGAUGAUGAGGAGUCUGCAGACAGCACGCAGUCCGGUGGAGACGGCAUCUCUCCAGAUUCGCGCAGCAGUGACAGCAGCGAGCAGGGCGCCGCCGAGGAAGGGGACAGCGGGAGCGAGGAACGGCGGGUCGGAGGGGGCAGCGAGGGGGACAGCAGCCACGGGGACGGCUCGGAGUUCGACGACGAGGGGAUGCUGAGCGACGACCCCGAUGGCUUCGCCAGCGAGCGGGGCCGCCCCAGAACGAGCAGUGCGGGGCUCAGGUCCGGAGCAUCUCCGGGGGACGGCAGGCCUUCCGAGGAGGACCACGGGGGCGAGCUCGCGGCCAGCGACAGCACGGAGACCCAGAGUGACUCCGCAGAGGACCAGAAGGAGAGCAGGAGCCAGUCCCAGGAGGACACAGCGGAGACUCAGUCCCAGGAGGACACAGCGGAGAGCCAGUCCCAGGAGGACACAGCAGAGAGCCAGUCGCAGGAGGACACAGCAGAGAGCCAGUCCCAGGAGGACACAGCGGAGAGCCAGUCCCAGGAGGACACAGCAGAGAGCCAGUCCCAGGAGGAUGAGGGACAAGGCCCCAGCAGCGAGUCCCAGGAGAGCAGCAGCGAGUCUCAGGAAGGGGCAGCCGGCGAGUCCCGGGGAGACAAUCCGGACAACACGAGCCAGGCAGGAGGGGACAGCUCGUCCAGCGAGGAGGAGGACGGCCCGGACGCACUGUCCAGCUCGGAGAGCCAGUCCACUGAGGAGGAGCAGGCGGACAGCGAGUCCAGCGAGAGCCUGGGCCUGUCGGAGGAGAGCCUGCAGUCCCAGAGCCAGGAGAGCAGGUCGGAGCAGGACAGCCGCUCCGAGGAGCAGGGCGACAGCGACAGCCAGGACAGCAGCCCGUCCAGGGAGGAGAGCAGCUCCGCGGAGAGCACCUCCAGCAGCGAGGAGGACGGCGGCCCCAAGAACAUGGACACCGACACCAGGAAACUGACAGUUGACGCUUACCACAACAAGCCCGUCGGGGACCAGGACGACAACGAUUGCCAAGACGGCUACUAGCGCUGGGGUGUCUAAGGACGUCUCUCACGGGGGUCCCAGGGGCAGGGGGUUCACCACAACUGUAAUUUAUUGAUGCUUUGGCCAGAAGUAAAACCCGGGCCUUUUCUUUCUGUGAGGGGCUGCUGGGCACGAACGACACUGUUUUCUAGGGUUUCGCCCACUCCCUGGACGGUUUAAGUCUGUGAAAUGGUGUCAGGGCACACGCAGUGAGAGGGAGGCGGGAAUCGUGCACAGCAGCUUCACACAUGAAAUAGGCCCCUGCUCAGUAACCCCGCAGCUCUGAGGUUCCGUUAAGGAAGAGGCACAGCUGGCCUGGGGGUGCCUUAGGCUGAGCUUGCUCCCUCGGAGCUUGAGACAUGCAAAUCUAAACCGCUGGGGGAUUCAAAUGAUGGGAGCCCGGGUGGCAACUUGGGUGUGGACAGAGGAGCGAGGCAGGGAGCUACCAGCUUGGCUCUGGAGAGUUAGAAGUUCGGGUAGCAAAGCCUGGAGUUGGAGGGUUACACAGUUUCUCCGUUGCAGACAAUGUAAUUCUACCUAUUCUCGAGAUAAACAGCAUUCACUCUUACACAAUCAAAUAUUUACUGUGUAAAAAGCAUUCUCAAACUAUGGCACAAUCCAAGAUAAACGGCCUUUCCAAUUAAUUUAACCAUUUCGUGCUUUUGUUCACACGGCCUCACUGACUCUCUGACGCUGACGUGGAUAAUUUGGUUGGGAGGUGGGAGGAUAAAUAAUUUAAAAACAGUGAUGUAUAGCUUUAUUUUUUUCCAGAUUAUCUGUCUUCAGGGCAAAAACCAUACCCUGAGUCCUUUACAUGUUUUGCACAUAGCAAAAUUCUGUAAAUGGGACUGUUUAUUUUUUGUUGUUGUUGUUAUUGGUGGUUUUUUUUUCAAGCAACAUUUAAGUGUUACCUCAUGAGAAAGUAUUCGUUUUGUAAUAAAGAUAAUAAU